CGCACGUACGUUCGGGGCAGGCCGCUCGGCAAGGGCGGAUUCGCGGUGGUGUACGGCAUGCAGGAUCCCUCCACGGGGGAAAACUUCGCGGCGAAGGUGGUCGCGAAGAGCACGCUCGAGAAGGAACGCGCGAGGGCGAAGAUCCUCACCGAGAUUCGCAUCCACCGCGGAUGCGACAACGCGCACGUCGUCCGAUUCGUCCGAUGCUUCGAGGAUGCCGCAAACGUGUACAUCCUCAUGGAGCUCUGCAGCAACCGCACGCUCGCGGACGUGGUCAAGGCCAGAGGGCGGCUCACCGAGCCCGAGUGCGCGGCGUACGCGCGCGAGAUCGUCACGGCCGUCGCGCACCUCCACGCGCACAGGGUCAUACACAGGGACCUCAAGCUCGGUAACCUCGUCGCCACGGGCGGGAGGCUCAAGAUUGGCGAUUUCGGCCUCGCGUGCCGCGUCGAGAGCGACGACGAGCGCAAGACGACGAUUUGCGGCACUCCCAACUACAUCGCCCCCGAGGUUCUCGCCGGCUCCAAGGGUGGCGGGCACUCGUACGAGGUUGACGUGUGGUCCAUCGGCGUCAUCAUCUACACCCUGUUGGUGGGCACCCCGCCGUUCCAAACCAGCGACGUGCACGCCACGUACAAGCGGAUAAGGGCCAACGCGUACGAGUUUCCCGAAGGCGUCGUGAACGAAGGCGCUCGCGAGCUCAUCCGCCGAUGCCUCGCGCCCAAGCCCGGGGACCGACCGAAGAUUGCCGAAAUCGCGACGCACCCGCUGCUGAACGCGGGGUGGCGCGGCGCGACGCCGUGGUCCAUGCCGACGCCGCGCGUGGACAUGGACAAGAUGGAGAGGUCGACGAGGUCCGGCGGCGGCGCCGGCGGAGUCGACGCGGCCAAAAAGCCGAGGGCGCCGCUAUCGUCGUCGGCGGGUGUCGCCACCUCGGCUCCCAUCGAUCCGGCGGAGUUUGCCACCCUCGGCAUGGACUCGCCGACGACGACGGCGGGGGGGGUUCACCCCGUGGGGUCUGGCGCGUCCGCCGCCGCGUCGGGGAGUAACGCUCCGGGUAACGCUUCCCUGGAGGCGUUUCCGCCGUUGUGGGUCACCCGAUGGGUGGAUUACACGAGCAAGUACGGGCUGGGGUACGUGCUCUCCGACGGCACCUUCGGCGUGGUGUUCAACGACGCGACGAAGAUGACGCAGCGGCAGCCGGGCGCGGCGUCCACGGAGAGGCGCGUGGCGCCCCCUCCGGUGUGCUUCCGCGCGUCGACGCCGUGCCCGCCGGGGUUGGAGAAGAAGGUGAAGCUGAUGCGGCACUUCCGCGGGUACCUGUCCUCGGACGGUCGGAGCGCGGGUGCCGUCGAGGGUGCCGUCGCGCACCUUCCGCACGUCAAGAACUGGCUGCGCACCAAGCACGCGGUGCUCUUUCGCCUCUCGAACCGCACCAUCCAGGUGUGCUUCCAGGACGGCAGCGAGGUUUUGCUCUCGUCGGAGGCGUCCGCGUGCGUGUUCACGAGCAAGAGCGGGACGCGAACGUGCCACUCGCUCGGCGCGCUGCCGCAGGACCCGGAGCUGCUCAGGAGGCUGAGGUACGUGAAGGAGGUGCUGCACCAGCUGGUGAGCCGCGCGUGA